CUGUAAUUCAGAAGGAGUAGGAGUGGUGAUUGUGGUUCUUGGAAUUGCCCUUCUGGAUCUUACUUUGGCCGCUAUCAUCAUCAUCAUCAGCUGAGACCAUCAUAAAGAGGGCAAGAGACAGGGGCAAGUCGGAGGAAAAGCCAGCGGGGGAAACUGGGAGCUGUGACAACGCAUCUUUCCUCUUUUGCCGGAGUGAGUGAGGGAAGGGAGGCAGACAAGAAGAGAGAGACUGUGACUUACAACCGACGAUGUGUCAGUCAAACACCCUGCAGGGACCAGAGCUGCAUUCAGGGAAAUGGUUGCAAUUUCCCCAGCUGGCCCUGAGGCGGAGAUUGGGCCAGCUGACCUGUAUGUCUAGGCCUGCUCUGAAACUCCGUUCUUGGCCUCUGACUAUUCUCUAUUAUCUUCUGCCUUUUGGUGCUCUUAAACCCUUGACCAGAGUGGGAUGGAGGCCUAUGAGCAGGGUUUCCCUAUACAAAUCUGUGCCAACACGACUACUCUCACGAGCCUGGGGACGCUUGAACAGUGUAGAACUACCCAACUGGCUCCGGAAACCUGUCCUCAGCCUAUACAUCUGGACAUUUGGUGUCAACAUGAAGGAGGCAGCUGUGGAAGAUCUGCAUCACUACCGAAACCUUAGUGAAUUCUUCCGACGGAAGCUGAAGCCACAGGCACGGCCUAUUUGUGGUAUCCAUAGCAUGAUCAGUCCAUCUGAUGGCAAGAUUCUCAGUUUUGGACAAGUGAAGAACUGUGAGGUUGAGCAAGUGAAAGGCAUUACUUACUCCCUAGAGUCAUUUCUGGGCCCACAUGCCAAUACCGAGAAUGCUGACGUCAAGCCAGCCUCCUGCCCCGACUCCUUCCAAAAGCAGCUGGUCACACAAGAAAACAAUGAACUCUAUCACUGUGUGAUUUACCUGGCACCUGGAGAUUACCACUGUUUCCAUUCACCCACUGACUGGACAGUGUCUCAUCGGCGUCACUUCCCAGGCUCCCUGAUGUCUGUGAAUCCCGGGGUUGCUCGCUGGAUCAAGGAACUCUUCUGCCAUAAUGAACGAGUUGUCCUCAGUGGUUGCUGGAAACAUGGCUUUUUUUCUUUGACAGCCGUUGGAGCACAAAACGUGGGGUCUAUCCGCAUCUAUUUUGACCAAGACCUGCGUACAAACAGCCCCCGAUACAGCAAAGGCUCCUAUAAUGACUUCAGCUUUGUAACCAACAACAACAAAGAGGGCAUCCCCAUGAGAAAGGGAGAACAUUUAGGAGAGUUUAACCUGGGAUCAACCAUCGUCUUGAUUUUCGAGGCACCGAAGGAUUUUAUUUUCUACCUGAAACCUGGCCAGAAAAUCCGCUUUGGAGAGGCCCUGGGAUCUCUUUAGAGCCUCCACUGCCAGGAGGGGUUUUAUAUGCAAUAGGGACUCAAUUUGAAAAAGGAAAAGUUUCUCUAAGGUGGGAGUAUUGCUCAGCAGGACCUGAGUGAGGACACUUGUUCUUAAACUGGGGUUGCGCAAGUGCAUACCCACUAUGAGAGCUGCAUACAUAUCAGGGAUCGUGGCCUUUAAGAAUGUUGACCAGGGUGGCUUUUCUUCUUCCCUGUGCCUGCAGUAACAAUAGUUUCUCCCUUUAUACUCCUUUAUGCAGCCCGCUUUUGCACAGAACCUCGAGGGCUGUGUUGAGCCAAUAUAAAUUCUGCAGUCAGAGGGAGGAGAGGAAGCUGAGAGAUUCCUCCUUUAAAGGGACACUAGCAGAUUGACUUAUGCGCCAUAUUGUUUUAAUUGGUAAACUUGUUUUCCAGAUUCUCUUCAUACAAGCCUGUUUCAUUGUCAAUUUAAAAAAUGUCCAAUGCCAGCAGAACAAGGGGAUUAUCAAACAUUGAAGUACCAUUAGACUUAUCUUUUUAAAAAGUUAAAUCUGUUACUCUCCCUUUAAAGCAGAAGUUUGCACUGUAUUUUAAACCUCAAACACUGUGUCCACAUUCCUUAUUUGACUUGAUUGUGUUUGUUUUACUUAUAAGUGUAGCUCACCCCAACCCUAAUAUUUCAGCUUACUCUUCUGGGCCUUAAAAGUUUCUGUUCUGUAUGGGAGAUACCCACACUCCUUUAAGCUUGAAACAUUAAAACUACCCAGUUGAUGUCAUUUCUCUGUGCACAGCUAGUGGGAAUUCUUUUGCUGUUGAAAGCAAGCACAGUCAGUAGCCAUGAUUGGGGGAAGGGAAGAGGCAGUGAGAGAGUCUGCAAAUAUGCAGAAUUCAAGUAGCAAUAGGAUAGACUUUAAAAAAAUCAUUUGGAAUCUUCUGAGUAAUCCAGUUUUUCUCACAUGCAUUUGACUUUUCCCACUCUUUGCUGAACUUGCUAAUAUUUAUGUAGCUUUCUUCAGAAAUUCAAAUUUCCCCAUGCAAGAUCAGAUGUCAAGAAUGCUGUUCUGAAGCUUCAUCAUGCAAGUGUCUCAAAACUAAUGCUCAGAAUGGGUUCCACUCUUUAACAUCAUGCCUGUUUCUGG